AUGGCCGACUCCGUGGACUCCAUGCAUUUCGCAGCAAACGGCAAAACAAAUUCUCCUAAAGCCCUUACAGCUAAGCGCUCACCGGAGAGCCGACCCCAGUCUUCCAACGAAAACCACCCACCCUCACCAAAGAAAAUCCGCCUGGAGGAGAGAGCCCCGAAGCACGGAAAACUCAACGGAGAGGCGUGCGCAGCGGAGAAACACAACGGGAAGCAGAGUUGUGGUAGCCCAGCGAAAUGGAGUUACGGCCCGGGCAAGGCGAGCCACUCCGCCGCCUCUCUUCCCGGGACUCCAGCGCGGAAAAUCUUCAAAAUAAGCAACUUCCUCGCCUCGCCACACAAAGUGAAGAAGUCUAAGGAAAAGCGUCACAAGGAGAAAGAGAAAAAUAGCCAAGCGCGAAGGAGUCCUAGCGCUGCUGCCGUGGGUAAAGUGAGCCCCGUUAGCGGCCAUACAAAGACUGAGAACGGGGACGUGAGGGCGCUGCAUGGAGAUGAUCUUGUUAAGGAAGAGACGAGAAAGGACAAAAAUAAGGAUUGGAAGAAUCACAAACUACCAUCUGUUCAUGACAUGGGAAGAGAAAAUGGAGAAGUUAUGGCUCAUCUGAAAGAGGUCAAGGAGAAAUCCAAAUCUGGAUCAGAGGAAGACCUACUGAAGAAGCUGAAAAAGAAGAAGAAAAAGAAACACAAAGAUGGCGAGCGGCCCAAGGACAGACGCAGCCAUCCCAAGAUGUACCACCGCUCCAGCCAGACCGUGUGCUCCGGCGUCUCCCUGCCCCUGCCCGACUUCCUCAGCAAGAUGAACGGCAACAGUAGCAGCAGCACUUUCCUCACCUCCAGCGCUCCCCCGGCUCCGCUCCCGGACACCAACUGCUCCUCUGUGCCCUCUCCCGCUGCGGAGCGCCCGGGCUACUGCUCCCCCCUGCACUGCACCUCGUCCCCCGGGUUGCCAGGGCUGGAGUUUGGCCGCCUCAUCCACGUGGAGCAGCAGGCCAACGGCGGCGCGUCGGUGCUCCAUGCCUACGGCGAGCAGCUGGGUGGCCUGUCUGCGGCGGAGAUGGAGCGCUUCGCAGAGGAGUUCGUGGCCCUCUCCUUCAGCGAGGACCAGGCCCACGCCGCUAGCUACGUCAUGGGGAUUAUCCACGGAGCCGCGGCGUACCUCCCGGACUUCCUGGAAUAUUUCUCCUACAAUUUUCCCAACUCCCCUGUGAAGAUGGAGGUGUUGGGGAAGAAGGAUAUUGAAACGACGACCAUGGCCAACUUCCACACACAGGUGAAGCGCACCUACUCCAAGGGGACGUAUCGUGCCGGGGCCAUGCGGCAGGUCAGCCUGGUGGGGGCCGUGGACGAGGAGGUGGGAGACUUCUUUCCAGAGUUCAUCACUAUGUUGGAGCAGUCUCCUUUUCUUGUGCGAACACUUCCAUGGGGGACCUUCUCCAGUCUGCGGCUCCAAAGCCCCACAGAAAGCGACGAUGGCCCCAUUAUGUGGGUCCGGCCAGGGGAACAGAUGAUCCCAAUGGCUGACAUGCCAAAGUCGCCCUUCAAGAGAAAAAGGUCCACCAAUGAGAUAAAAAACCUGCAGUAUCUGCCCAGAGCCAGCGAGCCCCGAGAGAUGCUGUUUGAGGACCGGACUCGGGCCCAUGCUGACCACAUCGGCCAAGGCUUUGACAGGCAAACGACUGCAGCUGUGGGAGUGCUCAAGGCUGUGCGCUGCGGAGAGGACAGCAACGCUCCUGCUCGGAUCACCAAAGAUGUUGUGUGUUUCCACGCUGCAGAUUUCCCUGAUGUGGUCAUGAGACUGCAGCUGGACCUGCACGAGCCCCCUCUGUCCCAAUGUGUCCAGUGGAUCGACGAUGCCAAGCUUAACCAGCUCCGCAGAGAAGGAAUCAGAUACGCCCGAAUCCAGUUGUACCACGAUGACAUCUACUUCAUCCCCAGAGGAGUGGUCCAUCAGUUCAAGACUGUGUCAGCAGUGUGCAGCCUGGCUUGGCACAUCCGCCUUCAACUCUACCACCCCCAGGUGGAGAAGGGGGAGGCCAAAGAAGAGACAUGCCAGCCCAAAGAAAUGUCCCACAUCAAAGAGGAGCAGGAUGAGGAGGAUGAGAAGGAGGUAAAGGUGUCAGAGGAGCGGCACAAAGUAGUACAAAUGGAGGCCAUGCCCAAAGUGAAGCCACUGCUGUCCCAUUCACCUGAGCCGGUUAUUAAAACAGAAGAGGAGGAAGAAGCAGAUAUAAUGGACUCGCCCACAUUACCUGCUGUCAAUGUAAAGGAGGAAAAACAUGAAGAGAUCAUCAGACCCACAGUGACAGAGCCCAAGACAGAGUCCGAGGAAGCCCAAGUUCAGACAGCGCAGCGGGACUGUGACAAGACCAGAGAGGUGCACAACAACACGCCAUUGGAUUAUGAUCCACCGGUUAAAAAAGAGAGUGAAAGUGUAGAGGAAAAGCAGCGCAAGGCAAGUGUGACUGUGCUAAAGGAGAAAAGUAAAGAUGGCACUAACACACACAAAAAAGAAAAGGAGAGAUCGAAGGGGCACGACAAGGACAGGCCCCGAGAUAAAGACAAGAAGGAGCGGAAUAAAGAGAAGGACUGGGACAAGCGAGAUCGAGACAAAGAGAAAGGGAAAGAGCGAGAACGAAUGCGAGACGGGAAGAUUGAAGGAGCACCUCUGUCAAACAACAAGAAGGAGCAGCACGAGGACCGCGACCGGCCCAGAGAAAGUGGCAAAAUGCACUCCUCUGAGAAGAGCUCCAAAGAGGGCCACGUUAAGAGGGAGAAGGAGCAUGACAAAGAGCGGAACGGCUCCCAGAAGCCUCACUCUCGGCCUGAGCGGGAGGACGGCCACAAACACAAGUCUUCACAUGUGAAAAAGGAGAAGAGUGCCCACCGCGACAGCAAAGAAGCCAACGCAUCUACUCCACACAGCUCCCAAACAAAGUCGUGUAGAGACGACAGCAAAUCCAGCGCUCCCAAACCUAGCAGCAAUCCGUUUAAGAAGGAAAAGGAAACAAGUAAAGAGGACAGGAAACAUCCAAGCUCUGGUUCUGUCUUAGAACACAAAACCCCACGGACACUGGUCACAUUUGACCUCUUCAAGCCCAUGUCAGCGCACACGCCUGUCCCCGCUCACACAGACUCUCGGCCCAAGAGCCACCACCACAGUGACUCCCGAAGCACUUUGUCCAAGUCUGCUUCGGACAGCCGGACUGUGCUGCUGUCUAAAGGACCAAAAGUAAAGGACUCGGUGCAGGGAAAACCUGCGGUGUCUAUACAGGACACACGGACUCCACAGAACGCACUCAAAUCUCCCAUUAAGACACACACGCCCUCUCAGACACACAAAGAUUUCUUAUUAUGA